ACAUUAACCCUACAUAAAACUUUAAAACCUCCGAAAAAACCCAUGGUAUGACCCGAUGAGACGCCAAAGAUGGAGGAACAGGAGCUGGAUUCGACGUCUCCGCUGCAGCUCCAGUUGCUCUCCGCUUUUCUGGCCAUGGAAACCACCGAUACGUUGCUCUGUUUAGCCAGGGAAUGUGGUGGAGGAAAGGUGACUGAAAAAGUUCAAAGCUUUAUUUGGGGUCAUUGCUUAACCAAAGCUGUUGGAAAAGGGUAUGAAUCUUAUUUGAAGAAGUUUGUGAAGAAGCUUAUUACAGAGGUUGAAUCAAACCAUGGCAAUGUGUUGGAUGAAUUAUAUGAACAAUAUGCUUCCUACAUGAUUUCUUUCAAGGACAAAGAAAAUGAGAGAGUCUGCAAAUGCAUUUCUUUCCUUUUUCCCGGGGAUUGUUUUAAUCUAUCUAGUUGUCCGAAAUCACGGAAACUCGUUGUCCCACUACAAUGUUCACUCAACAUGCUUGAGGGAGAUACUGGGUGCUCAGUUUGGCCCUCCAGUCUUUUCCUCUCAGAGUUGAUACUUUCUUUCCCACAUAUUUUCUCAGGGAAAUCAUGCUUUGAGGUUGGAUCCGGUGUUGGCUUGGUAGGAAUUUGUCUAGCUCAUGUAAAAGCCUCCAAGGUGAUAUUAAGUGAUGGUGAUUUUUCGACUUUAGCUAACAUGAAGCUUAAUUUGGAGAAGAAUCAGCUGAACACAGAAACCGAUUUGCUCGAAACAAAUAUCGAAAAUCAUAAUGUGGUCAAAUGCAUUCAUUUACCUUGGGAAUCAGCAUCAGAAAAGGAACUGCAAGACUACAUGCCAGAAAUUAUUUUGGGUGCAGAUGUUAUUUAUGAUCCAUCUUGUCUUCCACAUCUUGUUGAAGUACUGGCCAUUCUGUUGAACAAAAGGAAGUCAUGUACGGAGGAUCGGGAGCGAAAAUCUCCAAACUCAUUACCCGACGUCACAUGCGAAGACAAUAAGAUAAACGAUGCAUCUAGUUUUCGUGCUCAUCCCAUCAAUACGAGUGAGGUAAAAGGGAUUAUUAAUGAUGCUGCCGAUCUCGUAUCAGUGGCCAACCCUGUUGCUUACAUUGCUUCCGUCAUUCGGAAUGCCGAUACGUUUGAUCAUUUUCUUGCACUAGCAGAUCAGGCUGAUCUUACAAUCAAAGACCUAACAUCUACACUGAGGCCCUUUGAUUUGCUUCCUUAUAUGAAAUCAUAUGAUCGUUCAAGCAUACGAUUGUUUACUGUAUCAUCUGAAUAAGUUGAUCCGUGAUGUCGGGUUUAUUCGUGAAUUUUUAA